CUUUCCUCUCUUAGACUCGUUGAUUCUCCCAAAUCUCUCUCUCUUUCGCAAUCUCUUCUUCUCUCCUCCGAAAUUCCCCAAUCUCUACCACCCACUGUAACUCCUCUCUCUUUCUCUCUGGCCAAAACCCUAGCUCGCCGUCGUUCCGCCAUGCUGAAAUUUUCGUCAACCACCGCGAACCAGAUUCGCUUACUCCUUCAGAGCCUCACCGAAGCAAAUGCCGACUCCGUUCUUCACGACCUCUCUCAGUUUAUUGAAUUUGGAACCGAGGGAAGCAUUUUUGUGCUCAAAGCGUGCUUGGAUCAUCUGAAUCGGCACGAGACGGAGUCGAAGAAUGCGCCGUUGGAGAAGGUGGUCGCGUCGAUUUUCAGAUAUCUCCUGGAAAGACCGAAUUUCAGUACUGUGUUUUGCGAGUCUCUGAGGAAUUCAGAGAUCAGUGAAGGAAUCCUAGAUAAUUUCUCUAAUGUAUUGCAUCUGUCGGUGCCUGAGAAAAUUUGUAUUGGUCUCGCAUUGUCUGAUUCUGAAAACUCUGAUAUCAGGAUAUGUGGCAAGAACUUUUGCGUUGCUCAGAUUGAGGAAUUGUGUGCCAAUCCCGUUAAUCUGAAUUCUGAGCAAAUUUUAAGUAUCGUCAUGUUCCUCCAGCAAUCCGAGGGCCUUGCAAAGCUUGUAGAUGCAUUUAUGCAGAUGUUAUCUUUGGUGCAGCUGAAAGAUGUAUCGACGUUUGUUUUAACUCCUUUGCUUUCAGAUGAACAACGUGAUGCCCAAUUUUUGAGGAACAUGGAUUUGUUACAUGGAAGCGAAGAAAAUGAUUUUGAUGCUAUUUUGGCUGAAAUGGAGAAGGAAAUGAGCAUGGGAGAUAUUAUGAAGGAACUAGGUUAUGGUUGUACGGUUGAUGCAUCCCAGUGCAAGGAGAUUUUGUCCCUCUUUUUACCACUCACUGAGGUUACUAUUUCUAAGAUAUUGGGCACAAUUGCCUGCACUCAUGCUGACCUUGAGGACAACCAGAAUACAUUAUCAACAUUCAGCAUGGCGCUUGGUUGCAACACUUCGUCUGAUCUGCCUUUGUUGAAUAGUUGGAAUAUUGAUGUCCUUAUAGAUACAAUCCAGCAACUCGCGCCAAAUACUAACUGGGUAAAGGUUAUUGAAAAUUUGGAUCACGAGGGAUUCUACAUUCCUAAUCAGGAGGCAUUCUCGUUCUUCAUGUCUGUAUAUAAGCGUGUGUGCCAGGAGCCAUUCCCGCUCCAUGCUAUUUGUGGGUCUGUUUGGAAAAAUACUGAGGGUCAACUGUCAUUUCUUAAAUAUGCUGUAACAUCACCACCUGAAGUAUUUAGCUUCACCCACUCCGUUAGACAGCUGGCAUAUAUUGAUUCGCUGCAUGGGCAUAAGCUUCAAGUUGGACCUGCAAAUCAUGCAUGGUUAUGCCUUGACCUCUUGGAUGUAUUGUGUCAACUAGCGGAGAGGGGUCAUGCUUCUACUGUUCGAUCAAUGGUCCAAUAUCCCCUUCAACACUGUCCUGAAGUGCUGCUCCUUGGGAUGGCGCAUAUAAAUACUGCAUAUAACCUGCUGCAACACGAAGUGUCUGUUACUGUUUUCCCUAUGAUACUAAAGAAUGGCCUGGAUAGUGAUAUGACUCUUCAUCUCUGGCAUGUAAAUACCUAUUUGGUAUUGCGGGGAUUUGUCGAGGCUCACAAGAGUGAUUUAGAUGUCAUUACAAAAAUACUGGAUAUCUGCCAAGAGAAAAAGAUUCUGUCAUCUGUGCUAGAUCUGGCUCCAUCUUCCUUUAGUAUCAAGUUGGCAGCCCUUGCUUCGAGAAAGGAGCUUGUUGACCUUGAGAAAUGGUUGGUCAGUAAUUUGAGUACUUAUAAAGAUGUUUUCUUUGAGGAGUGCCUCAAGUUCUUAAAGGAGAUUCAGUUUGGUGGAUCACAUGAUUUUUCUGCCAGGCCUUUCCAACAUUCUGGUGCCAUCUCUAACCUUUAUGCAGAUGCUACUACUACCUUCUUGAAGGUCCUUAAAGCUCAUGUCGGAUUGAUUACUUCUAGCCAACUUUCUGAAGAACUAGAAAGGUUGCGUGUAACAAUAGUGGACUCUAAUCCAAGGCUACAGAAUGGUGGAACCACAGAGUCAUCAACUGAUGGAUAUGCAGAGGAUAUCGAAGCUGAAGCCAAUUCUUAUUUCCACCAAAUGUUUUCUGCACAGUUGACUAUUGAUGCGAUGGUACAAAUGCUAGCCCGAUUUAAGGAAUCUUCUGUAAAGAGGGAGAAUUUAAUUUUUGAGUGCAUGAUUGCUAAUCUGUUUGAGGAGUACAGAUUCUUCCCCAAGUAUCCUGAAAGGCAAUUGAAAAUUGCUGCGAUUCUUUUUGGCUCUGUUAUCAAGAACCAGCUUGUAACUCAUCUUACACUUGGGAUCGCUCUUCGUGCUGUUCUGGAUGCAUUGCGCAAACCUGCAGAUUCAAAAAUGUUUGUGUUUGGGACUAAAGCCUUGGAGCAGUUUGUGGAUCGUAUGAUCGAGUGGCCACAGUACUGCAAUCAUAUCUUACAGAUUUCCCAUCUGCGCAAUACCCAUUCGGAGCUAGUCGCUUUCAUUGAACAGGCUCUUGCUAGGAUUUCAUCGACCCAUUCAGAAUCUGAAGGGGGCAACCAGGCUUCUGCCGCUUAUCACCAUGGCCCCACUCAAGUUACCUCUGGGAAUGUGGAUUUGAAUGGUCCUGGUGCUAUACAUUCGGGGCAGCAACUCUCUUCUCCUGUGCAACUUCAAGAGAGACAUGAAAGCUCUUAUGAUGACCGUCAUAGAGCCUCUGUGACUUCAUCGAAUGAUAUCAAACCACUUUUAUCUUCUGUUGGGCAAGCUUCAGGUGUUUCUGUUGGUGAAGCCUCUGGCACCCAGAAAUUGCAAAGUGCAGUCACUGCUCCACCAAUGCUUUCUUCUUCUCCUGGUUUUGUUCGUCCUUCGCGAGGAGUUACUUCCACAAGGUUUGGGUCUGCUCUGAAUAUUGAAACAUUAGUUGCUGCUGCUGAAAAGAGAGAGACUCCUAUUGAGGCUCCGGCAUCCGAGGCGCAGGACAAGAUAUCAUUCAUAAUCAACAACAUUUCGGUUGCUAAUAUUGAAGCUAAAGCUAAGGAAUUUACUGAAAUACUGAAGGAACAAUACUAUCCAUGGUUUGCACAAUAUAUGGUUAUGAAAAGAGCAAGUAUCGAGCCGAAUUUUCAUGAUUUGUACUUGAAGUUCCUGGACAAAGUUAAUUCAAGGGCUUUGAAUAAGGAGAUUGUCCAAGCCACCUACGAGAACUGCAAGGUUCUCUUGGGAUCAGAGCUUAUAAAAUCAAGUUCUGAAGAACGUUCAUUAUUGAAGAAUUUGGGUAGCUGGCUAGGGAAGUUAACAAUUGGAAGGAAUCAAGUCUUACGGGCUCGUGAAAUAGAUCCCAAAUCUUUGAUUGUAGAGGCAUAUGAGAAGGGGCUGAUGAUUGCUGUAAUACCAUUUACGUCAAAGGUCUUAGAGCCAUGCCAAAGCAGUUUAGCAUAUCAACCACCCAAUCCCUGGACAAUGGGCAUUCUUGGAUUACUUGCUGAGAUUUAUUCAAUGCCAAACUUGAAAAUGAACCUGAAAUUUGACAUUGAGGUUCUAUUCAAGAACCUUGGUGUCGAUCUGAAGGAGAUAACGCCGACUUCUCUUCUUAAGGAUCGCAAGAGAGAAAUAGAAGGCAACCCUGAUUUUUCGAAUAAAGAUGUUGGAGCAUCCCAAUCCCAGAUGGUUGCUGAAGUCAAAUCAGGGAUAAUGUCUCCACUAAAUCAAGUUGAGCUACCACUUGAGGUCGCUCCAUCAUCUAACUCUGGAGGGCAUACGCAUAUAUUAUCACAGUAUGCUGCACCUCUUCAUCUGUCAUCUGCUACAUUGAUGGAGGAUGAGAAGCUGGCAGCUUUAGGCUUAACUGAUCAGCUACCUUCUGCGCAAGGAUUGCUACAAGCUACUCCAUCCCAGUCACCAUUUUCUGUUAAUCAACUUCCUGCAGCAAUACCUAACAUUGGAACUCACGUAAUUAUCAACCAGAAGCUUAAUGGACUUGGCUUACACUUGCAUUUUCAGAGAAUCGUUCCAAUGGCAAUGGAUAGAGCUAUCAAAGAAAUAGUGUCAGGAAUUGUUCAGCGCAGUGUUUCUAUAGCCACUCAAACGACUAAGGAGCUUGUUUUGAAGGAUUAUGCCUUGGAAUUGGAUGAGACGCGCAUAUUUAAUGCAGCACAUUUGAUGGUUGCAAGUCUGGCGGGAAGUCUAGCUCACGUAACCUGCAAGGAACCCUUGCGAACUUCAAUAUUGAGUCACCUAAGAAAUUUAUUUCAGAGUUUGAAUCUCGCAAGUGAUAUUCUUGAACAAGCCGUUCAAAUUAUUACCAAUGAUAAUCUGGAUCUUGGUUGUGCUGUCAUUGAACAGGCUGCUACCGAUAAGGCAAUACAAACAAUUGAUGGAGAAAUAACUCAACAACUUUCAUUGAGAAGGAAGCAUAGAGAAGGGGUGGGCCCUACCUUUUUUGAUGCUAGCAUGUAUACACAAGGAUCUAUGGGUGUGGUGCCUGAGGCCCUCCGGCCUAAACCGGGUCACUUGUCCAAUAAUCAUCGUGUAUAUGAGGACUUUGUCCGGCUUCCUUUGCAAAAUCAAUCUAGCCAGAUUGCUUCAGCUUCAUCUGCCAAUGCUGGUCUUGCUGGUGCUUAUGCAUCUGCUUCUGCACAGCUUAACCCGGCUUACUCGCCUGCACCUGUGAAUGCUGGAUUUGAAGCCGUCUCUCGUCCGCUAGAUGAGGCAAUUGAUUCUACUUCGGCCCUGCAUCUCAGUGCUUCCUCAAUGCAUUCUGGGGUGGCUGAUGGUGUUACUCAACAUAGUUCUGAAAAUGAUCCUCCUGUUGGUUCAUUUGCUUCUGCUGUUCCAGCGCCUGAGUUGCAUCCAGUGGAUUCUUCUGAUGCCGUUAAGGAACCUGGAGCCUCAUUACCAUUGCCUUCACCUGCUGCUGCUGCUGCUGAGCGUCUUGGAAGUAGCAUCUCAGAACCUUCAUUCAGCACAAGGGACGCAUUGGAUAAAUACCAGAUUGUUUCUCAAAAGCUGGAAGCGUUGGUGAUUAAUGAUGGCAGAGAAGCAGAAAUUCAGGGAGUUGUAGCUGAAGUUCCUGAGAUCAUACUCAGAUGUGUGAGUCGAGAUGAGGCUGCUUUAGCUGUAGCUCAAAAGGUUUUCAAGGGGUUGUACGAGAAUGCAUCAAACCCUGUGCAUGUUGGUGCUCAUCUUGCAAUUCUGACUGCUAUUCGUGAUGUUUGCAAGCUAGCUGUUAAGGAGCUUACUAGUUGGGUUAUAUAUUCAGAUGAAGAGCGGAAGUUUAACAAAGAUAUCACUGUUGGCCUUAUUCACAGUGAAUUGCUAAAUCUUGCAGAGUAUAAUGUGCAUAUGGCAAAACUUAUUGAUGGAGGCAGGAAUAAAGCUGCGACUGAGUUUUCUAUAUCUCUUCUUCAAACCUUGGCUGUAGAAGAAUCUAAAGUAAUUUCAGAGCUUCAUAAUCUUGUAGAUGCAUUAGCAAAGCUUGCUUCGAAACCUGGGUAUCCCGAGUCACUGCAGCAGUUGGUUGAGAUGAUCAAGAAUCCUACUGCCAAUGUGGCUGCUGCUUCUGGCGUUAAUGUUGGAAAAGAAGACAAGGCCAGACAAUCUAGAGACAAAAAAACUCCUGGUGUCUCCGUUAGUAAGGAAGACUUAAGUAAUGUAGAGUCCCUUGAACCAGAUCCUACCGGUUUCCGUGAGCAGGUUUCUAUGCUGUUUGCGGAGUGGUAUCGGAUUUGUGAACUUCCUGGUGCAAAUGAUGCAGCUUGUACGAAUUACAUUCUACAGUUGCAUCAAAAUGGACUGUUGAAGGGGGAUGAGACGACUGAGAGAUUUUUCCGUCUCCUCACCGAACUUUCUGUUGCGCAUUGCCUAUCUUCUGAGGUGAUUAAUUCAGGCACAUUGCAAGCACCACUUCAAGUGCAGAGUUUAUCCUUCCUUGCCAUUGAUAUUUAUGCAAAAAUUGUCUUUUCAAUUCUGAAGGGGUCCACCAAUAGACCAUUCCUUCUGUCUAAGAUUCUAGCGGUGACUGUCAAAUUCAUUCAAAAAGAUGCAGAGGAGAAGAAAUCAUCUUUUAAUCCAAGGCCAUAUUUUAGAUUGUUUAUCAAUUGGCUUAUGGAUCUUGGUUCGCUAGAACCCCUUGUGGAUGGAUCAAACUUUCAGAUUUUGACAAUCUUUGCAAAUGCAUUUCAUGCUUUGCAGCCCCUUAAAGUUCCCUCAUUCAGCUUUGCUUGGCUCGAGUUGGUGAGCCACAGGAGUUUCAUGCCAAAAAUGCUCACAGGAAACAAUCAGAAGGGUUGGCCCCAUAUCCAACGGUUGCUGGUAGACUUGUUCCAAUUCAUGGAGCCAUUUUUGAGGAAUGCUGAACUUGGAGCUUCGGUUCAUUUUCUGUAUAAAGGCACACUGAGGGUGUUGCUAGUGCUACUCCAUGAUUUCCCAGAGUUCUUGUGCGAUUAUCAUUUUACCUUCUGUGAUGUCAUUCCUCCAAGCUGCAUUCAAAUGCGGAAUAUUAUUCUCAGUGCAUUUCCCCGUAAUAUGAGACUGCCAGAUCCAUCUACUCCUAAUCUGAAGAUCGAUUUGCUGGCAGAAAUCAGCCAAUCUCCUCGCAUUCUUUCUGAGGUUGAUGCAGCACUAAAGGCAAAACAGAUGAAGAAUGACGUAGAUGAGUAUCUCAAGACAAGGCAGCAAGGCUCCCCAUUUUUGAGUGAUCUUAAACAGAAGUUGCUCCUUGCACCAAGUGAAGUUGCCACUGCCGGUACCCACUACAAUGUACCCUUGAUCAACUCCCUUGUGCUCUAUGUUGGCAUGCAGGCCAUCCAACAGCUUCAAUCUAGAAGUGCUCAUGCACCAUCCACCCCAGGUGCUCCACUGGCUGUAUUUUUGGUGGGUGCUGCGUUGGAUAUUUUCCAGACUUUAAUAAUGGACCUCGAUACCGAAGGCCGCUACCUUUUCCUAAAUGCGGUCGCAAACCAACUCCGCUAUCCAAAUACUCACACACAUUACUUUUCGUUCAUCCUCCUUUACUUGUUUGCUGAGUCACACCAGGAAAUUAUCCAAGAGCAAAUUACGAGAGUAUUGUUGGAACGUCUGAUUGUUAAUCGGCCUCAUCCAUGGGGUCUUCUCAUCACUUUUAUUGAGCUUAUAAAGAAUCCCAGGUACAACUUUUGGAACCGAGGUUUCAUAAGAUGUGCACCAGAAAUAGAAAAGCUCUUUGAGUCGGUCUCUCGAUCUUGCGGUGGCCCGAAACCAGUGGAUGAGAGUAUGGUCUCGGGUUGGGCACCUGACAACGCACACUAGCUCGUCGGAGCAAGUCCAUAAUUUAAACCUGUCGAAGCAUUUCUUCUCUCGUAAUUUCCCUUUUUAGAAAUGAAAUUGUAAAUACACAAUGUAUGGUAGUUGUAUAAUUUACUGUUCACGAUCCAUUUAGUUGUAUUUACUAGUCUUGUAGAUUUAUGAAACUCGCUGUGUCAAACAAACAUAACACACAGGUUCACUUUCCAUUAGCUUGUUUAAGCUGUAUAUUUGACGUUCUAAAUUCUAAUGAAAGAGAAGAUAUUUUUAUUUUUAUUU